AUGGCGCCCAAGGCCGAGAAGAAGCCGGCGGCGGAGAAGAAGCCGGUGGAGGCGGAGAAGUCCAAGCCCAAGGCGGAGAAGCGCGUGCCCGGCGCCAAGGGCGAGGGCGGCGCCGACAAGAAGAAGAAGAAGGCCAAGAAGUCCGUCGAGACCUACAAGAUCUACAUCUUCAAGGUGCUCAAGCAGGUGCACCCGGACAUCGGCAUCUCCUCCAAGGCCAUGUCCAUCAUGAACUCCUUCAUCAACGACAUUUUCGAGAAGCUGGCCGGCGAGUCCGCCAAGCUGGCCCGCUACAACAAGAAGCCCACCAUCACCUCCCGGGAGAUCCAGACCGCCGUCCGCCUUGUACUCCCCGGCGAGCUCGCCAAGCACGCCGUGUCCGAGGGCACCAAGGCCGUCACCAAGUUCACCUCGUCUUAGGUUUUACUUGCCGUCAGAGUCUUGUUGGUUUGGGUUGUUUGUUUCCUCUGUCAAAAUCAUACCAUAGUUGGGUUAGAUCUCCCUAUGGAACAGUGU